UUGGUGGGCACUGUUCUGGUCCUUCGUAAGUUCGUCCCUCCCACAAAACCUCUAAAAUCAGAAGAGUAAAAAAAGAAAAAACCUUAAUACAACGUCGCUCAAAUUCCUCAAAAUUUACAGCCUCCCUAACAACAUAUUUAUAUUUCUGCAACUCUCUCUCUCUAACGUUCCUCUUCUUCUCUGUCAGCAACGCCUAGCCCUUUCUAGGGUUUCCUAAUUUCUAAAUUUAUUCUUGUUCUUGUGCUUUUUGAUUUUUGAUUUUUCUAUUUCAACCACGGCCGUCUUUCUCAUCCCCUUCUCUCCAAUUCUCCACUUUCUAAUUUCCUUCUCUUGAUUUGGCCCUUCCUCCUCCUGGUUUUCCGCUCUCUCUUUCUGUCUAUUUUUUGGGUAGUUCGAGUCGUGGCCUACGGUUGGGUACAUUUCGAGUUCCUUCGUCUCUUUGCAUUGGCUCAAUUUCGGGUGCGGGUGGGUGGCAUGGCGUUUGUGUUUCGGCGGGUUUUAGGGCUCCCGGGUUGGAAACUUGGCUCUCUGGAUCGUUUUGUGGAAAGCUAGGGUUUUCUUUUUUUUGAUUUGGGAGUUUGGUGGUCUAGGAAUCACAGUGUUUUAUUCUUUUUUUCUUCAAUUGGAGGGUGGCGAGGGGCAUUGUUUUGUCGGAAUGAAUAGCGUUUUUAGUGAACAGAUUCUGGCAGAUAAGCUUUCCAAGCUCAACAGCACUCAACAGUGUAUCGAAACGUUAUCACAUUGGUGUAUUUUUCACCGGAGCAAAGCAGAACUAGUUGUUGCAACAUGGGACAAACAGUUUCACAGUUCAGAAAUGGCUCAGAAAGUUCCCCUUUUGUACCUUGCAAAUGAUAUUCUACAGAACAGUAAACGUAAAGGGAACGAAUUUGUUAGUGAGUUUUGGAAGGUUCUUCCUGCAGCACUUAAGGCCGUUGUCGAGAAAGGCGAUGAUCAUGGAAAGAACGUGGUCUCUCGAUUGGUUCAUAUAUGGGAAGAAAGGAGAGUGUUUGGAUCCCGUGCACAGAGUCUCAAUGAUGUAAUGCUUGGGGAAGAACUGCCUCCACCCUUGGAAUUCAGCAAAAAACGUUCUCGUUCUGUCAAAAUUGUAAGAAGGGAUAUGCGCUCCAUAAGAACGAAAUUAUCUAUUGGAGGGUCAGCAGAAAAAAUAGUGUCUGCAUUUCAUGUGGUGCUUAGUGAUCAAUCCACUGAAGAUGCUGAGAUGAAUAAAUGCAAAUCUGCUGUUCACCAUGUGAGGAAGAUGGAGAGAGAUGUUGAUACUGCAUGUUUAAAUGCAAAGGAUCCCAAGCGAAAAACUUUGGCCAAAGAAUUAGAGGAUGAAGAAGAUGUUCUAAAGCAGUGUAUUGAGAAACUUAAAUUAGUUGAAGCAAAUAGAGAAGCCCUUGUAUCUCAAUUGAAAGAAGCGCUGCAUGAACAGGAAUCUGAACUGGAGAAUAUUCGCACUCAGAUGCAGGUAGCACAUGCACAGGCAGAGGAAGCCAGCAACAUGCGGAAGCGGCUCAAUGAUGAAAACUUUACAGUGGCAAAACCAUCCCAUGCAACUUCACCAUUAGAAGCAAAUGCAAAAGUAGGCCAAGCAUCCAAGAGGACAGCUGCAGAUAUAGCAGCUGAGGUUGCAGACAAGCUUACAGCUUCGAGCUCCUCUCAGUUGAUCAUGACUUCUGUUCUCUCAACAUUUGCAGCUGAAGAGGCGAAGAAUGCCAGUCUGACAAAGACCUCUACAGUAUCAAAUUCUUUCACACCCAUGCCCAGCAAUUCAAAACCAGAAAACUCCAUGCCAGUUUCAGAUCCCAAUGUUUUUAUGUCAACCCAGACCCUUACUGCUCCACCAAACCAACCAUAUCAAUCAGUUAUUAUUGCCCCACCAACCAUGCAGAGCCAGACCCCAACUUCUCAAACUCAGUAUCAUAUGCUUCCCAAUCCACCUUCCCAGCAAUAUUUGCAACCAUCAGGAGGGAUUAUGAACCCAUAUGGUUAUGGUAGCAUUCCGCCCUUGCCACCAGGGCCACCUCCACCCCCAUCUACACUACAUAUGGUGAAUCCAAUGGCUCCUUUGCCUCAGCAGCAAUCAAUACCAUUGGUUCAGCAGCCAGCUCUAUUAACUCAUCAUCAACCUAUGCCCUUGACUCAGCAACCCCCAGCACCUCCCAGUUUCCGGCCGCUUCAGCUUCCUGGAAUGGUGUAUUAUGGUCUCCCUCAUCAUUCUCAGUGAAGUUCUUUGAGCCAAUGAAAGAUUCCCAUAGGGUUUUGAAAUUUUUGCUUGUGCAAUUGGCUCUGUUGAGAUGACAAGCAUGAAGAGCUCUGACAAUAAUUAGGCAAAUAUGCAUUUGGACAGCAACAGAUAAUGCAGGUAUAAGGGUAGCAAUUUCGUUUAUUUUCAGUGAAUUUGUAGAGUUUAUGUUCCAUAGAUGAUGAUGGUAAUGUUAAAAGUAUCUCCGGUAGUUUAUGAUUUUUCCUUUCUUCUGGAGAUUUAUACCCUGUAAAAUGAUGGUUUACAGACUGCUGACGGCCCUGUAUUGCAAAUCAAAUCAGAGAAAGGUGACUCGUCAAAGGGACUUGCCUGUUGUGUUCUCCCUUGCAUAAGACACAGUCUUUGGUUGGUUGCAUCCUUCUGGCUUCAACCUUCAGCGGAUUGACAAGAGACUUAAAAAAAAAGUCCAUUUGGGGAUGAUUUUUAGAGGAUGAAAAACAUUUUAUAAUGCUUGAAAGCAAUAUAUAUUUGUUGGAAUUAGGUAUUAAA